GUCGGCUGUCGUGUGAAGGUCCCCUUUCACACACGUGGAUGUGUUUACAAUAGUAAAGACCGUACAGCUGAUUAUAUACUUAAAGCGCUCCAGGUUUCAAUUGGCACCAUGGCAGCAACAGGAGUACAGCCCAGCUUAAAGCAACAAGAAGAUAUGUGGAGAGCUUUUUUUGACACAUAUAACAAACUGACAGAGCAUUGCUUUGUGGAUUGUAUCCACAAUUUCACCACAAAGAAAGUAACUAAAUCUGAGACACUGUGUACAACAAACUGUUUAAAGAAGUAUUAUGAAGUAUCUCACCGUAUCACUCAGAAAGUGAGUGAGUAUGAAGUGGCCAAGUUGAGUGGAUUUAACCCCUGAAAGUGGUGAUGGAAUUCUAGGACAAGAUUUGUUCUCGUUGACUGAAAACUAUGGCCUUGACUUUUUAUUCGGCUGAAAGAUCAUGAAAUUUAAAUUUGACCAAUACUUGAACAUGUAAAUGUUAUUUUGAGAAAUAUAUCAAUUAACAUAUGGUUUCAUAACGGUCUUAAUCAUUGAUCUAAAAUAGGUAUAUAGGUCUGCCUUCCAUACAGUUGAGAAACAAGUGCUGUUGGAUACAUUAUUAAUUCAUGUAUAGUACCAGGAAAAUUUUCAUCUUGACCAUGAUUUGUGUCAUUAACAACUCUUAAAAAGUUGUAAUUUUAUAUCUGACUGGAAAAUCACUUACCAUUGAUAUCAAUUUCGAUGGAGAAAGAUAAUCAAAAGAUUCUUAAUUAUUUAUUAUAAAAAGAGAUCCCAAUUUUUAUUUCUUAGGAAUAGAAUCGGGGUCUAUAUUAAAGUUGCCCUGAUGAAGCUUGGCAUCAAGAAGCAAAACAAAUCAGCCUAUAAAGUGCAUAUGAGUUCCAUUUUUCUUAGUUGUGGAUGUGAAAGAGAAUGUUGAUAUAUGAAAGGUAUUGUAAACUGAAGAAUGUGUGCAGUAUUUUCAUUUUGUUGUUUGAUGUAAAAUGUUUGUUUAUAAUUAAAAUGCUAUGA